CAGAAUCAGACGGGAAACGGACUUCGACAACGCACGAACACUUUUGUAGAGUUUGCACCAUUUUCAUUGUAAUCGUUUUAUUUUGGGAUCUUAUUUUCUUUUAGUUAUCGUUCAUGUCAGAGUCUCUGUGUUGAGCAGUUUUCUUUUCUGUUGUGUAUUAAAUCAACUGUUCGCUUGACUGAUCCGAUCAUUCUGUUGUGCGCAUCACUUUAAAGUGAAAGUGAAAGUAAAAAGUGAUCGCGAUUGAAAUGUUGUUUUUCUAAGCAGGACUCGAUGAAUUGCUGCAGUGUUUAGGAUUACAACCUGUAACUUACAACUAACUAUUCCACAGCGUGAUUUCUCAACAUACCAAUGUCAGUACCUCCAGUGUCGACAGCGGUGACUCAGAUGACAGCAUGGAACUUCCUCCUGCCAUGAACCAACUGUUCACAAAACAUGGAUACACAUUAAAGAAAAAACUUGGACAAGGAGUCUCAGGUGCAGCAUUUCUUGUGAACAACAAAGAGGAAGAUUUGUAUGUAAUCAAAGAGAUUAACUGCAGAGAUAGAAGUUCUGACGCAGUCAAACAGGAAGUUGAUAUCUUAAAGGGUCUGCAUCAUGCAUAUAUUGUUGCUUAUGAGGAUUCAUUUGAAGACAGAGAAGCUGGACUGUUUUAUAUAGUGAUGGAGUAUUGUGCAGAAGGGGAUCUUUACAAGAGGAUGCAAACACAGAAAAGAAAUGAGUUCACAGAAGAGCAGAUCCGUGACUGGUUUGUGCAGAUUUGUCUGGCUCUGCAGUAUCUCCAUGAGAAGAAUAUUAUUCACAGAGAUAUCAAGCCGCAGAAUGUUUUUCUGACUGAGGAUGGAUACAUCAAUUUAGGGGAUUUUGGAUGCUCAAAAGUAUUGGAAAGAGCUGAUCAAUAUGCACAAUCAGUUGUGGGUGCAGAACUCUAUGUCAGCCCAGAAGUUCUGAAACAAAGAUACACGUCUAAAAGUGACAUCUGGUCUUUGGGAUGGUUGCUCCACGAUCUGUGCAUGCUCGAUGUCUGGUCAGAUAUUCUAAAGCGUCACAAUCUACAUGCCAACAGCAUGAGAGGAACUCCUCCCGACAUCUCAGAGAAAUACUCAGAGGAACUACGAGAAUUGAUCAAAGAAAUGCUCAGCUGCGACCCUAAUGACAGACCUACAGCCGAUGAGAUUUUAGCAAAACCAUUCUUAAAUGACGCAGUAAACAGAAAUAAAAAUAUUCCAGAAGCAUUUACACGGAAGUUCAUGAAGUCCAUCCGGACCUUUGAUCAGGCCUACAACAAGCAUUAUAAUGAGCUGGAGAUCUUAGACAGUAAAUUGACAAAAGCAGCAGAUUCACAAGAGGAAAUUCAUUAUAAUGCCACUGCAGGCAGUCUGUCAGGUGGAGUGAUUGGAGCCGCUGGUGGCAUCACUGCACUGGUUGGGCUAAUUUUGUCACCGUUCACUUUUGGUGCCUCUUUGAUUGUAAUGGGUGUGGGUAUUGGUGUAGGAGUAGCAGGUGGGGUAACAGGUGCUGCCUCCAACAUUACUAAUAUAGUAAGACAAAAAUCACUCUGUGAGAGCCUUCAACAAAUUGAACAGAACUAUAACAAUGCAAGUGCACCUAUUCUCAAUUCACUGAAAACACUGAACAAAUUGAUGAAAACAAUUGCUAGAUUCGGUGUUUUUGUCAGUGCAUCGACAUCGGAUAAAGCACAGAUGUCAUGCAGAAGUACAGCAGUGGGUGCCGGAGAAAUCAUGCAUCUAUGCCUGUUGGCAAAUAUCGGGCGAUUUGGUGCUCAAGCUGACAAAAUAGGACGAGCAGCUUCAGGUUUGUUAAGUGGUCUCUUAAUCCCAGCUGACCUUGCCUUCAUUGUUAAAGAUUCAAGGGAGAUUCAUGAGAUGAUAAAUAAGAAAACAACAGAUGAUCCUGAAACGUUCAAAUCCAGUGUACUCAAGUCUAUUGCACAGAUGAGAAAAACACACAAAGAGCUCUGCAAUCUCUUGACCGACAUUAAUAAAGCAAGAGAGGAACUAAAUGAGUAUAUAGAAACAGCUAGAGCAGACACAUAAACACACGAUUCUGCCGAUACUUUGAACAUUUGAAUUUCAGGCUGUAGUUGGGGAUAGUGGCAUUUCUUUUGUACAUAUAUACAUAAGGACUCAUUGUAGUGACGUUACUGUCGUAUCAUUCUCAACUCCGUUCAGGCGAUUAUUCACAGGAUCGACAGUCUUCAGAUGUCAUCACAUAUUUAACCACAAUAUGUGUAAUUAUACAUAUACAGGUAAUAUAUUAUUUUAGACACAUGUAAACUAACAAAACAAUAUUUUAGAUAUUCCCCAACCGGAAACGUAACGACUUUUAAACAAAAAGAACACGCAAAUAAAUGUUCAGUCGCAGUAACUGAUUCAAGAAAUUGUAAAACAAACACCUCAAAAGUAUUUCAAACAACUUGUGUUGCAUUUAAAGUUUAUACAGAGUGAAAAUAAAAGAUUUAAUCACUGAAAAUCUCUGUGAAGUUACAUCUCAUUUAAAGAUAUACAUCCGAACAUCAAUCGGUCACAAUUUCUAUAAUCAAAAUAAAAAACUGAAAAACUGUCAAUUAUUCCUUGAAUACGCACCUUAAAACUUAAUUCUGAUUGUACGAUUUGUAGAUAAAAAUUGUUAAAAUUAUACAGUAGCUAAUAAUAAUAAAACAAAAUAUCAUUGUGGACUUUUUGCCUUUAUUAAUUAAUUUCAGUGUCUCAAAGGUUCUUGUUUCAUUGUAUCACUUGUCGGUUGAUGCCCAUGUAACAGGGACAGAAAGUGUACUGUUAAAACAUAUGUAUUGUUUAUUAUAAUUCACACAAAAUGGUUUAUUUUCAUAUAUAUCUGGUAUACUUGCCUGAAGAAUGAGCGUUUUUCCCCUUUAAUUGCUGUGAUGUCAUCAUGAGCCUACACAAUUUCCUGUUUUGUCUCCUCCUCUUCCUCUUGGCAUUGUUAAUGCACUGAAGAGGUGAGUUAUUUGUGGCUCCUGUUAAUCGUAAUUAGUCUUUAUUUUAAUUGUUGCGUUUGUGUCAAUAUCUUCACUGCAAGUUAUGUGUAUUGUUAUUUUACUUCUCUGUGUGGUUAUUUUGAUCAUUUUACCCCAAUUAAGUUAUAUUUUUGACUUUGGCCUAUAUUUGUGGAGAUGAAAGCACAUGUUGAUUAUAUGUACAUCACAUUUGUUUUAUAAGGGUGAUUUACUCAGACGCUGCUCUUGUAUGUUUUGUAUAUCAGUAAACUCAGUGAAACCGCCGCCUGUUGUCCCGUGUCUGUCUCCACGACGCUUCACAUCGCGUGUUUUCAUAACUGGUGUCGCGAGCCACCGGUUACACUCACUGUUAUUCCUGCAAAAACACUGACUUAAUGAAAGACAAACUAAACAAACUGAAAAUGAAACAAUUAUUUACAUUUUUGCAAUACAAUUUACACACAGAUCACCCUUGAUAAUUGAUAAUAGAUGAAGUCUUUGACACAAGUGAUUUUUUACUGUAUUAUAAAUAUUUUUGUUGCAGAUUUAUUUCAUUAACCAAGUUUUCAAAGUGGAAGACUUUGUACAGGUCAU